AUGGCAAACUGUUCCAUGAAUUUAACAGAGGAUAUCACUGGUCUGACGGUCAUUUACGGCUGUGUGUUUGUCGUGGGUCUUCCUGCUAACCUGCUCUCUCUGUGGGGGCUCUUCCAGCUUCUCUGUCACAGUAAUGUUCUGCCCAUCUUCAUCUUGAACCUCCUGGUGUCUGAUCUGAUUCAGCUCGUCACCUUGCCUUUCUGGGUCAGCUAUCUGCAGAAAGAACACAGGUGGGAUUUUGGAGAAGCGGCAUGCAAUAUUGUGGGGUUUAUCUUCUACGUCAACCUCUAUGCCAGUGUGGUGUUCAUGUGCCUUGUGGCGAUUGACCGCUACAUCGGCAUUGUCCACCCUCUGACCUGUCGAAGAUUCCGGACUGCUAAAACUGCAGUAGCAACAAGCUUCGGGGUGUGGCUGGUCUCCUUCCUGUAUUGUCUGUUUGGGCUGUUACCCACAGUGUACUAUGAGAGACAAAUGUGUAUGGAGGUGUAUCCUGUGGGCCAUCGCUACGCUGUAUUCAAGAUUGGGACCAUUGUGUUUGGGUUUCUGCUGCCAUGCUUCAUAUUGGGCUUCACAGCGAUUAGGAUCCGCUCUGCUCUGCGCUCCUCUCCCUCCGUGACUCAGGACGAGCGGAGGCGAAUUGUGGGCAUUCUCUGCACCAUCACCGUCAUCUUCGUGGGGGUGUUCGGACCGUACCACUUGGUGGGGGCCUAUAAGUUCCUGGCCUUCUUCGUUACCUCUGACACCUGCGAAUUGGAGAAAACCCUCUUCCUCUGUUACCGAUUCUGCUACGGGCUGACGAGCUUCAACAACAUCCUGGACCCCCUCUUUUACAUCUUCAUCUGUGACGACAUUCGCAAGCAGCUCAGGAGGUCCCUGCGUUGCUGGGGGAGAUCUUGGGAAAGUGAGACAGCUACGCAUCUCUGAUCCCUGCAGUAUGGCUGAAGUAUAGCACUGAAAGGACUUCACAGAAUGACAGCAUGCCAUGUGCUCUGUGCUUGGACCACUCGUGUUUCUUAGCUACAUCAACAACUUAGAUUGGAGGAUAAUUAGCAAACUUGUUAGAUUUGCAGACAUGACUUCGACACCCAGGGAUUCCAAAAAGAUUUUGACUGCACACAGGACUGGGCAGAAAACAAGGCAAAUGAACUAUAAAGAUUAUUAUAAAAAUGAUCACUCAUGACACACAAAAGUAUGUUUUAUUGAUAAACACAUUUCAUCAGAAAGGAUCUUGAUAGGCCCAAGAAAAGUUUUAAACCUAUACACUGGGCAAAAUAGCCAGAGCUUGAUGACUCUGUUGCUUUUGAAAUAGUUUUCCUUCCUGUGGGUCGUAUGAAUGAAGUGUCGCAACAGAAUGCCUUUUCUGAACAAAAUACAAAAUAUCUUUGAUAAAAGUGACAUCUCUGGUGGCUGUAGUACUAUUUCAGGAAGGCAUGUGAACAUUUCAUGCUCUAAAAAAGUGUCAUCAUUUUUUUAUGUAAAAAAUGUACAUGAAUCUCGUUCAUUUGAAUCUUUAAACAAUAAUUGUGAUAUACGAGCCAUAAUUAAAUAGCAACAAACAAAAAUACAGGAAUGCUGUGUUUUGUAUUUUUGUGUAAGUCUGUGUCAAUGUGACUAUGAAACCAGGAGCUUCUCUUAGUGCAGCCAGUCAUAUGAAAUGUAGGUGAAUCAGCCUUUGAGUUUCCACAUUGAGUUAUACUGUAUAUCGCCACCUAGUGGCACGAUAUUGUAGCUGAAGGAUGAAAAGUUCUUCAUUAAAAGCUUUUCCCCACGUUCACAGCCAGUUAGCAGAGUUGCAAACCACAUUGUGAAAUGUUCUAAAUGGAACAAGGAAGUCUGUUCAGUGCACCACAAGUGGAAUCCCACAUCUGUAUUGUAGAAUGUGUGUCAAUGAAAGGAAAAUCUCAGCAACUAUCACCGAAGGUCAAGCAGAUAUUUACAGCGGAGAGUGCUCUGUGGGGUGGGGAGUGGCACAUUAUGGAAAAGGUCACACAAGUCAACUCAGGACCCCUGCCUGUGUGACUCCCCCUGCACACCACGCGGCCGUGCCUUUACCAGGGGAGACUCUCGGGGACCCCUGCGCUCCCCUGACUGUGUGACUCCCCCCUGCACACCACGCGGCCGUGCCUUUACCAGGGGAGACUCUCGGGGACCCCUGCGCUUCCCUGACUGUGUGACUCCCCCUGCACACCACGCGAUCGUGCCUUUACCAGGGGAGACUCUCGGGGACCCCUGCGCUUCCCUGACUGUGUGACUCCCCCUGCACACCACGCGAUCGUGCCUUUACCAGGGGAGACCCUCGGGGACCCCUGCGCUCCCCUGACUGUGUGACUCCCCCUGCACACCACGCGGGUGUGCCUUUACCAGGGGAGACCCUCGGGGACCCCAGCGCUCCCCUGACUGUGUGACUCCCCCCUGCACACCACACGAUAAACAAGAUAGCACACAUUUUAACUGUGUGCGCUGUGUGAAUAAGCACACACAAAUAAGCGUACACACAAUUACGCACAUUUAAAUUUAGUGUCACCAAAGUUGCACUUCAUACAUUUCAUUAGUUUAUUGCAGUUGCUAAUAUUUCAUUAAUUACCUGUUUAAUAUCUAUAAUGUGUGUUUUGUAUAAUUGUAUACUGUUGUUUCUGCUGAAAUCAUCAUUUAUCAGGAACUAGCUAGUGUUUUUUCAAACAAGGGAUGGCUUCUGAAAAGACCUCUGAAAGCAGCUGUUUUGAUGUGAGGUGGUUUAAGCAAUGAUCACUAGGGUCAUGCACCUGCAAUUUAAACUGACAGCUGACUUAUCAAGCCACUUCAGAAGUGAAGCUUUUUAAAUUAUUAAAAAAUAACUUGUUUCAAAUGAUUGUUUCUUUUUUUUCUUUUUUUAUCAUUCUGUGUGGUUCUUUUUAAAAUGCGUGAAAUAUUGUUGGGUUGUUUUUGAUAAGUCAGUGUUAGGAUGUUGUAGCAGAGUAGAGGGAGGAAAAUGGAAAUGUAGUCUAGGUAGGAUACAGGACUACAUUCCCCAGAAUGCCUCUGGGGCUGUAAUGGGAGCCAGGAUGAGAAUCGCCUGGCAAUAAGCUAAUGAGACACACCUGCCUGCGAUCAGGCAGGUGUAUUUAAACAGGUCUAAAACAGUUCUGGGGUCUGUCUGCCUGUGUGAGACUUGUAAAACAUUUUUUUUUCAGGUUUACUGUCCAAAGUUGUAGAACAGCUGUGUUAUUACAAUGUUACACCACCAGGGGGUAAUAAAGCACCGUGUACAUGUGUCGACAGACAGAAGGGAUGUGUUAAUAUGUGUGGCACUGCAGGAAGCUACUUUCAACAAAGGAUCUUAACUUUUGAGGUUCUAAAUAUUAUUGCAAUUAAUAAAACCCCUGCUUCCCUGGAGUGAAAUGGGCUGUUACUGAAGGACAUGUAGUGAAGUUACAAUAAGCACCUUAUUGUAUUAAUGUGCUGUUACUGAAGGACAUGCAUGCUCCAAUCCCUUAUAUUCCCUGUUGUCCUCUCCGCUCAUCCUCUACUGGCUGACUUGUUAUGCCUUCUCUUCACUCUCCUUCCUCCCGUGCUCGCUCCUUCUCUUCCCUCGUCCCCCUUUGUUAGAAGCAGCUACCGGUUCUCCUCAGGACUGUUCAGUCUAUUACUGAUUCCGCCAUCUUCACAAAACACAUUCAAUCUUUAUUUCUAAA